GAAUUUGAAAUUGAUCCACGUCAGCGAAAAAUUCAACUGAAAGCAGAAUAUAAAAAUCGAACAUUUCACCUAAUGCUUCUCGCCUUACUACACGUAUACUUAAUAAAUAAAAUAUUUUCAGAAAGUGUAGAACAAUUUUUAGAAUUGAUUUAUAAGUAAUGUGUAUCGAUUAAAUUAUUUUGAGGAAUUAAAAAACAAUCUAUCAAGAUGAUAACAAAAUCGGAAAACCGUGGCCUCGUGUCCGACUUGAUGCCAAAUAUCAAGUUGAUGCAGAUGGCCGGACAUUUUUUGUUUAAUUAUCACUCAGAUAACUCUGGCAUGUCCUCUCUCCUUCGCAAAUGUUAUUCUAGUGUUCACGCCUUUUUGAUUGUGAUGCACUACUUAUGCAUGGCAGCUAAUAUGGCGAAGUAUUCUGAAGAAGUGAACGAACUCACGGCGAAUACUAUAACCGUUCUCUUCUUUUCACAUUCAAUUAUUAAGUUGACAUUCUUUGCGAUAACGUCUAAAAACUUUUACAGGACCCUGGCGGUAUGGAAUCAAUCGAACAGCCAUCCCUUGUUCACGGAAUCCGAUGCUAGAUACCAUCAGCUCGCCCUCACCAAGAUGAGACGUCUUCUCUAUUUUAUUUGCGGAAUGUCAUUUUUCUCUGUGAUAUGCUGGGUAACAAUCACCUUCUUCGGGGAAUCGGUUGUCAUGUUAGUGGACAAGGAGACCAAUGAAACUAUUACCGAACCUGCACCCCGACUGCCUCUGAAGGCCUGGUAUCCAUUCGAUGCCAUGAGCGGUACCAUGUACAUCGCAGCUUUUGCAUUUCAGGUGUAUUGGCUCUUGUUUACUAUAUUUAUUGCUAAUCUAAUGGACGUUAUGUUCUGCUCGUGGUUGAUAUUUGCUUGUGAGCAGCUACAGCAUCUUAAAGCUAUAAUGAAACCAUUGAUGGAGCUCAGUGCCUCAUUGGACACAUACAGACCUAACACAGCUGAACUGUUUAAAGUUUCUCCAGAGAAAUCAGACAAAACUCCCGACCCUAUUGACAUGGACAUCAGAGGUAUUUACUCAACUCAACAAGAUUUCGGUAUGACUUUACGCGGGGCUGGUGGAAGACUACAGAAUUUUGGCCAGAACAAUAAUAAUCCGAACGGGUUGACUCAAAAACAGGAGAUGCUGGCAAGAUCGGCAAUCAAGUAUUGGGUUGAACGUCACAAGCAUAUUGUCAGGCUGGUGUCGUCUAUCGGAGAUACUUACGGAACAGCUCUCCUAUUUCACAUGUUGGUUUCCACUAUCACUUUGACGUUAUUGGCUUACCAGGCUACAAAGAUCAAUGGUUUAAACGUGUACGCGUUCAGCACAGUGGGCUACCUGAGUUACACCCUUGGUCAGGUAUUUCAUUUCUGCAUCUUCGGUAAUCGUCUCAUUGAGGAGAGUUCAUCUGUAAUGGAAGCUGCUUACUCCUGUCAAUGGUACGAUGGCUCUGAAGAAGCUAAAACUUUCGUACAGAUAGUUUGCCAACAAUGCCAGAAAGCUAUGAGCAUUUCGGGAGCAAAAUUCUUUACCGUCUCUCUGGAUUUGUUUGCUUCUGUGCUCGGAGCAGUGGUUACAUAUUUCAUGGUAUUAGUCCAACUGAAAUAAGUAUUUCUUCUUCAGUAUUUCUUUCAAAUAUUAUCAUAGUAAAAGUAUUCUUAGAUAUUAAAAUAUUUUUUUCACUAGUUCAUGUAUAAUUCUGCUAUUUAAUGGAAACAUUAUAUGUGCAUAUAAUAAUCUCCGAUUUAAUAAUUUUAUUUUUAUGUGAGUGAUAAUAAAUUAUAAAAAGAAAA